CGGUGCGGGCCCGGAAGCAGGGAUGUGGAAGCUGAAAUGUGAGUGGUGGGCGAUGGACUCAGGGAUGCUGCUGCUGCUGCUGCUGGCUGCGGCCCAGGCAGUGGCCCGGGCUCCGCGCCACUUCACUCCGGACUGGCAGAGCUUGGACUCGCGGCCACUGCCGAGCUGGUUCGAUGAAGCCAAGUUCGGGGUGUUCGUGCACUGGGGGGUGUUCUCGGUGCCCGCCUGGGGCAGUGAAUGGUUCUGGUGGCACUGGCAGGGCGAUCGGAUGCCGGCCUACCAGCGGUUCAUGACAGAAAACUACCCGCCCGGCUUCAGCUACGCCGACUUCGCACCGCAGUUCACAGCGCGCUUCUUCCACCCGGAUCAGUGGGCCGAACUCUUCCAGGCUGCCGGGGCCAAGUAUGUCGUCCUGACCACAAAGCAUCAUGAAGGCUUCACAAACUGGCCAAGCCCUGUGUCUUGGAACUGGAACUCGAAGGACGUGGGGCCCCACCGUGAUUUGGUCGGUGAGUUGGGAGCAGCAGUGCGGAAGAGGAACAUACGCUACGGCCUCUACCACUCGCUCUUGGAGUGGUUCCAUCCACUCUACCUACUUGAUAAGAAAAAUGGCUUCAAAACUCAGCAUUUCGUCAGGGCAAAAACGAUGCCAGAGUUGUACGACCUUGUUAACAGCUACAAGCCUGACCUGAUCUGGUCCGACGGGGAGUGGGAGUGUCCUGAUACAUACUGGAACUCCACAGGUUUCCUUGCUUGGCUCUACAAUGAUAGCCCUGUCAAGGAUGAGGUGAUAGUGAAUGACCGGUGGGGUCAGAACUGCUCCUGUCAUCACGGAGGGUACUACAACUGUCAAGACAAAUACAAGCCACAGAGCUUGCCAGACCACAAGUGGGAGAUGUGUACCAGCGUGGACAGAGCAUCCUGGGGCUAUCGAAGUGACAUGACCAUGUCGACUAUCGCCAAGGAAAACGAAAUCAUCGAGGAAUUGGUUCAGACGGUAAGUUUGGGAGGCAACUACCUUCUCAACAUUGGACCAACUAAAGAUGGCCUGAUCGUCCCCAUCUUCCAAGAAAGGCUUCUUGCUGUUGGCAAGUGGCUGCAGAUCAACGGGGAGGCCAUCUAUGCCUCCAAACCGUGGAGGGUGCAGUCUGAAAAGGACAAGACAGUUGUGUGGUACACCAGUAAAAACUCAACUGUUUACGCCACUUUCCUGUACUGGCCAGAAAAUGGAAUUGUGAACCUCAAAUCCCCCAAAACGACCUCGGCCACAAAGAUAACAAUGCUAGGACUCGAAGGGGACCUGAGCUGGACCCAGGAUCCACUGGAGGGUGUCCUCAUCUCUCUGCCACCAUUGUCACCUGCCGUUCUGCCUGUGGAGUUUGCGUGGACUCUGAAGCUGACGAAGGUGAAGUGACCGGAGGAGCUCAAGGACAGACCGCCCGGGGCACUGCUUUUCUCUUACAGGAGCCUCCGGGCAAUAAAGUAGCCUCCCUUCCACCCAGUGGUCGAUCUGAUCUCCCAAGCCAAGCAUUCUGACGGAUGGGCGAGCCGUGGCUAGCAUUUCUGGUGGGCAGGAAGACCUGGCCAGCUCAGCUGAGUCACCCGUGCUGUCGCUAUGAUGAAACCCCCUCCCUUCUCUGAUGACCUACCUGAUAAUGAACCAAGUCAUCCUCUUGCCUGUAGGAGCAGGUCAGAGAGGUCUGGCGAGCUCACCCCCCUCUGCCUUAUUGGUUGAGACAAGCCCCUCCGGGCUUGCCAGGCUGUCAGAAGUUUGCCAAGCAAGCCAGACGCUCUGCCACUGAGCGUGUCUUCAGAGACACCAAUGAAAGAAGGUGAUGCUGCCUUGCUUUUUAAAAAAAGAUGGAAGUAAAUUCGUAUGCCAGAUUAUUUCUACCAAAAGCAUGUGAUAGGCUUCUUUCCCUAACUUAGGUUACAGCUUUAUACUCA